CACUCUUUGUACGGCCGAAAAUCCGCGGCGCCAUUGCGGAAUACCAGAUUCAACUGAUCAACAGUGUUCGAGGGGAUAUUGAAACCCUUCAACAACGCUUCACGCAUCAAUACGGGCAGUCCGAUUCGCACGGCAUGGCGCAGUUGCACGACCUUCCCCCCAUCUCCGGUGCCAUCAUCCGUGCAAGACAAGUCGAGCGCCAGCUGGAUGCCUACCUGAGCAAGGUAGAAGACGUCCUCGGCGUGGACUGGGCGGAGCAUACAGACGGCCAGAAGCUGUUCAAUCUUGGUGAAGGCUUUCGCAAGAAGCUCGACACGAAGCCCAUAUUCGACGACUGGCUCCGGGAUAUCAAUCGCCGGCAUCUUUCCAUCACCGGACGGUUAUUCAAGAUAUCAGCCAACCGCGCCAAGAACAACACCCUCGAGAUUCACGUCAAUUUCGAUUCGCAUGUCAUUACGCUGUUCAAGGAAGUUCGGAACCUGUUAUGGCUCAACUUCAACGUCCCGCAUGCCAUCACCAACGUCUCCAAGGAAGCCCGACGUGUCUAUCCAUUCGCCGUCAGCUUGAUGGAGAGUCUCAACACUUUGGCACAGACGAGCCUGGUCAUUGCAGGCAUGGCCGAAGUGGCGAUACUGCUUUCUGGAUAUCGGAGCGAGGCGCAGACGUACAUUGCGAAGGGUGCGGCUUUACGGUGGGAGACGUUUGUCCUGGCGUACGAUGCGUACGUCCGCCAGCAGGUGGAGGAUCAAAACGUCACCGCCAACGAUCGCUUGCACGUGCAGUACAUUCGCAAUCUCGGGGCGUCCAUCACUACCCUCCAGAGCAAGACCACUACUCUCUCCGCCAUCCAGACAUCUGUCGAGACUGCUCUCCGCGAGAUGCAAAGCUGCGCCUUCACCUUUGACGCCCUCCACUCCCAUCUCGAGUCGCUCCAACGCUCAAUCGAUCAGCUGAACCUGGAGGGCUACUCAAAUAUCGCCUUUUGGGUAGCCACGACGAAUGAAAAGGUGGUCGACAUUCUGCUUGCCCGGCUGCGACAAGCUUUGAAAGACUGGACCGCCGAUUUCGAGCAAGGAGAGGCCCGGCCGACGAUUGACACGUUCGCCCACGACAUUCUCAUGCAGAAUCAGUUGAUCCAGCUGGAACCGCCUCUCGAGCAUGCCAAAUCCGGCUGGCUCGCAAACCUCCACGCCUGGCUUGCGACAGUGGCAGAUCUUCCCAGACUCCAAGCCUCACGAUUUCAGAAUGCCCUCGCGCUGGACAAAUCCACCGGUUCCAGCACCUACUCCGACCUCCCCUUGCGAUGCAUGAGCACACUGGAAGAUCUCUACCAACGAAUCGAGGCGAAGCUGGCCGCUGCUCAGACAUAUGUCGACGAGUGGCUGCAGUUUCAGUCGCUGUGGGAUCUGCAGAUGGAGCAAGUGCAGGAAGAUCUCGGCGAUCAGCUAGACGCCUGGCUGCAGCUCAUCCUCGAAAUCCGCCAAAAAAGAGACACAUUCGACACCUCCGGCAUGCAGCGCUCUUUCGGGCAUGUGGUGAUCAACUAUGAGCAAGUGCAAACAAAGGUCAAUGCAAAAUACGACCAAUGGCAGCACGAUCUCCUGGCUCACUUCUCCGGCCUCUAUGCCACCCGCUUGGUGGACAUGUACGCCGAGCUGCAACGCGCAAGAAAAGACCUCGAAAGCCAAUCGAUGCAAGCGUCAUCCACUUCCCAAGCAGUCUCAUUCAUCACAGUCGUGCAGAACUGCAAGCGACAGACAAAGACCUGGGAGCCCGAGAUGGAGACAUUUCGCCAGGGCCAGCAAACGCUUUCGCGAUUCAGAUUUCAGUAUCCCAAAAACUGGCUGUACGUGGAGCAAGUGGAUCACGAAUGGACUGCCCUGAUUGAGGUUCUCGAGCGAAAGAGCAAGCUCAUUGCCGACCAGACUGACGCCCUGAAAGCCAAGAUUGUCGCCGAAGACGGAGUAGUCUCACGUCGAAUCGCUGAAGUGAUUGAGCGAUGGAAUGAGCAGAGACCCGUGUCAGGCUCCAUCCCUCCUGCCGAGGCCGUGGCAACUCUCCACACCUUCGACACCGAGCUGAGUCAACUUCGAGAACAGUCCGAGAUGGUAAUCCGCGCAAGGGAAGCUCUCGAACUCCCCGCCAGUCCCGACAACAUGCUCGUCACGCUGCUGGAAGAAGUCCAAGACUUCAAGUCGGUGUGGGCGAAUCUGAGCCUCGUGUGGGAUCAACUGAACGACCUCCGAGACCAACUCUGGAACAGCAUUCAGCCCCGAAAGCUACGGCAGUCGAUUGAGAACUUGACCAAGACUCUGAAGGAGAUGCCCAGCCGCAUGCGCCAAUACGCCGCCUUUGAGCAUCUCCAACAAGUUCUGCGCACCUUGCUCAAAGUCAACCCUCUACUGACAGAACUCCGCUCGGAUGCCGUCCGCGAAAGACAUUGGAUCAAGAUCUUCAAGGCAUUACACCCUCAAAGACGCUACUCCGCCAUCUCCAUGACGCUCGGGGAUGUAUGGGACUUGCAACUUGGCCCCAGCGAAGCAGUCAUCCGAGAUGUCAUCAGCCAGGCGCAAGGAGAGAUGGCUUUGGAAGAGUUUGUACGCACUGUGCGAGAGCAUUGGCAAAACUACACCCUCGACCUCGUCCAAUAUCAGUCCAAGUGCCGACUGAUCCGCGGAUGGGAUGACCUCUUCGCCAAAUGCAGCGAUCACUUGAACUCCUUGCAAGCCAUGCGACAUUCCCCGUACUACCGCGAGUUUGAAGAGGAAGCCUCAUCAUGGGAGGACAAGCUCAAUCGCAUCCACGUCUUGUUCGAUGUCUGGAUCGACGUUCAGCGACAAUGGGUAUACCUGCAAGGAGUCUUUACUGGCAAUGCCGACAUCAAGCACCUCCUCCCCCUCGAGACUUCCCGCUUCGCAAACAUCAACAGCGAGUUCAUGUCGGUGCUCAAAAAAGUCUAUCGCUCCCCGCAAGUACUCGAAGUGCUCAACAUCCCGGACGUGCAGCGACAGCUUGAGCGACUUGCGGAUCUGCUAAACAAGAUCCAAAAGGCUCUGGGAGAGUAUCUCGAAAAAGAACGAGUAGCAUUCCCCCGGUUCUACUUUGUCGGCGAUGAGGACCUGCUCGAGAUCAUCGGCAACAGCAACGAUACUCUGCGAAUCGCCAAGCACCUCGGAAAGAUGUUUGCCGGAAUCUCUGGAUUGGUGAUGGAAGAAUCCAACAUCCUGGGCCUGCGAUCCAAGGAAGGAGAGCAAUGUAUGCUGCGACGGCCCAUCUCACUGACGGACACUCCCAAGAUCAACGACUGGCUCAAGGCGCUGGAGGUUGGCAUGCGGGAGACGUUGUCAGAUCUGCUGGUAGAAGCUGUGCACGAUCUGGAUGGCAUUGCAGAUGAUGACGAUGCUGCAUUCGAGGAGUACAUCUCGAAGUACCCCGCUCAAAUUGUCGUCCUCGCAUCGCAGGCUUGUUGGACCAAGCAGGUCAGCGGUGCACUUGGAAAGGGCGGGCUGCAAGAUUUAUACGACGGCCUUGUUUUCCGACUGCGACUCCUAGCUGCAUCUGUCUUGAAGCAACUAGAGCCGAUCUAUCGGAAGAAGUGUGAGCAUCUCAUCACAGAAUUCGUACACCAACGGGACGCCACCGAAAAGCUACUCCAGAGCGGCGCCGACUCCCCAGACCACUACCUUUGGCUUCUUCAAAUGAGAUACGAGUUUGAUGAGAAUGCCGCCCCGCUCGACCGCAUGCAGGUCAAGGUGGCCAACGCUACCCUGGCGUACGGCUUCGAAUAUCUUGGAGUGCCAGAAAGACUCGUCCGAACACCCUUGACCGACCGCUGUUUCUUGACGCUCAGCCAAGCUCUUUCCCAACGCCUUGGUGGAUCUCCAUAUGGACCAGCGGGUACCGGUAAGACAGAGUCUGUCAAAGCGUUGGGCGUCCAACUCGGUCGAUUCACCCUCGUCUUCAAUUGCGAUGACACUUUUGACUUUCAAGCCAUGGGCCGAAUCUUCCUGGGCAUCUCACAGGUCGGCGCCUGGGGCUGCUUCGACGAGUUCAACAGAUUGGAAGAACGCAUCCUCUCCGCCGUAUCACAGCAAAUCCAGAACAUCCAGGUGGGCCUGCGGAAACGAGCGCAAGACUCCAAUGCCCAGAUUGAUCUCGUUGGCCGGCAACUCAAGGUCCAUCCGUUAACCGGCAUGUUCAUCACCAUGAAUCCAGGCUACGCCGGCCGCUCGAACCUCCCCGACAAUCUGAAGAAGCUCUUCCGCAGUGUGGCCAUGUCCAAGCCAGACAAGGAAAUCAUCGCCGAAGUCAUGCUCUUUUCGCAAGGCUUCGCAGAGGCCAAGACACUAUCGAGACAGACUGUCCCCUUCUUCGACCAGUGCCAUUCCCUCCUCUCCAGCCAGCCUCACUACGACUUCGGCCUUCGCGCGCUAAAGAGCGUCCUCGUCAGCUCUGGUGGCUUGAAGCGAUUGAGACUUUCCUCCACCACCGAGCAGGCCGCAGACGCCAUCGUCGAGCCGCAAAUUAUUGUCCAAAGCAUUCGAGAGACCAUUGCGCCCAAGUUGGUGAGGGACGAUGCUUUGCGGAUGGAGCAGAUUGAGAAGGACGCAUUUUCCGGCGUCGAAUACAUCCCGGCAUCUCUCGAAGCUUUGCGCAAGGCUCUGCAAGAGGUUGUGGCGGAGAGGAAGCUCGUUGCGACCGACUCAUGGCUCACCAAAGUCCUCCAACUGUACCAGAUUCAGAGCCUUCACCACGGUGUCAUGAUGGUGGGAAGCUCAGGAACCGGCAAAUCCACCGCAUGGCAAGCUCUCCUCGCCGCUCUGCAAAAGGUCGACGGCAUCGAAGGUGUGUGCCAUGUCAUUGACCCCAAAGUCAUGUCCAAGGAGUCAUUAUACGGCACCCUGGACAGCACGACCCGAGAGUGGACGGACGGCUUAUUCACAAGCAUCCUUCGAAAAGUGGUCGACAAUCUCCGCGGGGAAGACAGCAAGCGACACUGGAUCAUCUUUGAUGGCGACGUCGACCCCGAAUGGGUGGAGAAUCUCAACAGCGUUCUGGACGACAACAAGCUGUUGACCCUCCCCAAUGGUGAGCGCCUGAGCCUACCUCCCAACGUACGAGUCAUGUUCGAGGUCGAGACUCUCAAGUACGCCACCCUUGCCACUGUCAGUCGAUGCGGUAUGGUGUGGUUCAGCGAUGAUACUGUGGAACUGGACGUCAUGCUCUCUCGCAAUCUGGCCCAACUCAGCACCGCCACGUUCGACGAUAUCGAUGAUGACGCUCCUGCCUCUACCGAGCAGAAGCAGUCCUUCAUGGCGGACGUCUUGAAACACCGACUCACAACCAACGACUUUGCACGCAAGGCGCUGGACCAAGCUCUCCCGUUGAAUCACAUCAUGGAAUUCACCCCCAUUCGCGCAUUCGGCACGCUCUUCACCCUCCUGCGAAAAGCCUGCCGAUCUGUCCUGGAAUACAACGCCCAGCACCCGGACUUUCCACUCAACGAUGAGCAGAUUGAAAUGUACCUGUCAAAGAAGAUUCUGGUGGCCGUGGUCUGGUCUUUCACCGGUGACUGCCCAUUGGGCGAUCGCAAGUCGUAUGGCGAUUUCCUCGCCGGCUUCUCCACCUUCGACAUGCCGCUCACAACCGCAACCUCCUCCCUCAUCGACUACGACGUUUCCCUCCCAGACGCAGCUUGGACGUCAUGGCAGCAACAUGUCCCAUCCAUCGAGGUCAACACCCAUUCGGUCCUGCAGACGGACCUCGUCAUCCCCACCCUCGACAUCGUACGGCAUGAGGACUUGCUCUACUCCUUCCUGGCCGAGCACAAGCCUCUACUGCUGUGCGGCCCCCCGGGGUCUGGCAAGACAAUGACCUUAUUCAGCGCACUCCGAAAACUGCCCAACAUGGAAACCGUCGGCCUCAACUUUUCCAGUGCCACCACGCCAGACCUCCUCGUGAAGACUCUUGAGCAGUACUGCGAUUACAAGAAGUCUCUCAGCGGCGUCACCAUGGCUCCCAAACAAAUCGGCCGUUGGCUGGUCGUAUUUUGCGACGAGAUCAAUUUGCCAGCACCAGACAAAUACGGCACGCAGCGCGUCAUUUCCUUCCUUCGCCAGCUCAUCGAGCACGGAGGCUUCUGGCGCACAUCCACCAAGACCUGGGUCUCUUUGGAACGAGUCCAAUUCGUGGGCGCUUGCAAUCCUCCCACAGAUGUCGGCCGGACGCCGCUCGGUGCUCGCUUCCUGCGUCACGCUCCGCUGGUGAUGGUGGAUUACCCUGGUGAAGUCUCGCUCACGCAAAUCUACGGCACCUUCAAUACCGCCGUGCUCAAGAUCAUCCCCACCCUCCGUGGCUACGCCGAAGCCUUGACGCAAGCAAUGAUUCAGGUCUAUCUCCAAUCACAGAAGAGAUUCACCCCAGACAUCCAGCCUCACUAUGUCUACUCGCCGCGCGAACUCUCACGCUGGGUGCGAGCAAUCUACGAGGCGAUCCGCCCCUUUGAAUCGCUUUCACUGGAGGGCCUGGUCCGAAUCUGGGCCCACGAAGCUUUGAGACUCUUCUCAGAUCGACUCAUUGCAGACGACGAGCGACAAUGGACCGAAGAAAUUGUCAAUCGCGUGGCACUGGAAUACUUUCCCAACAUCCACGAGACGGCAGCACUCCAACGACCAAUCCUCUUCUCAAAUUGGCUGUCCAAAGACUACGUGCCAGUCGGUCGGAACGAGCUGAGAGACUUUGUCAAGGCCCGCCUGCGCACCUUCUGCGAGGAAGAGCUUGACGUUCCGCUGGUCCUCUUCAACGACGUCCUGGAGCACGUCCUGCGCAUCGAUCGAGUCUUCCGACAACCACAGGGCCAUCUCAUCCUCAUCGGAGUCAGCGGAAGUGGCAAGACUACCCUCUCUCGCUUCGUGGCGUGGAUGAACGGGCUGUCAAUCUUCCAGAUCAAGGUCCAUGGGAGAUACUCUGCAGAAGACUUUGACGAAGACCUUCGCAACGUCCUUCGCCGGUGUGGAUGUCGAGGCGAGAAGAUUUGCUUCAUCAUGGACGAGUCAAAUGUCCUGGACUCUGGAUUCCUCGAACGCAUGAACACGCUCCUCGCCAAUGGUGAAGUGCCUGGCCUCUUCGAAGGCGACGACUAUGCCACCCUCAUGACCGCUUGCAAGGAAGGUGCUCAACGACAAGGCCUCCUGCUCGACUCCCAAGAAGAGCUCUACAAAUGGUUCACCCAACAGAUUGUUCGCAAUCUUCACGUCGUCUUCACAAUGAAUCCUCCAUCCAACGGCCUGUCCUCGAGAGCAGCCAGCAGCCCGGCCCUAUUCAAUCGUUGCGUUCUUAAUUGGUUCGGCGAUUGGUCAGAUCAGGCAUUGUAUCAGGUUGCAUACGAACUCACGCAAUCCGUGGACAUCGACCACAGCAACUACAGCGCCCCCGACAGCCUGCCCGUAGAGUUUGACCAGCUGGAGAUGCCUCUGAGCCACAGAGACGCGGUGGUGAAUGCCAUGGUGCAUGUCCAUCACUCCCUUCGACAUUUCAACCGACGUCUCCAACGCCAGCAGAGCAAGACCACCUACCUCACCCCAAGACAAUUCCUCGACUUUGUCGCGCAAUUCGUCAAGCUCUUCAACGAGAAGCGAGAUGAUCUCGAGGAGCAGCAACGUCAUCUCAACGUCGGCUUGGACAAGCUGCGUGAAACUUUUGACAAAGUCUCGGAGCUGCGAAAGAGUCUCGACGAAAAGAAGCUGGACCUGCAGAAGAAGAACACCGAAGCCAACGACAAGCUUCAGAAGAUGGUGGCCGACGAGCAAGAGGCGAAGCAGCAGCAAGCCACAUCCCUUGAAAUCCAGUCCAAGCUGAAGAAGCAAGAAGAUGACAUUUCCACGCGCAAAGAAAUCGUGCUCGAGGACCUGGCAAAAGCAGAGCCCGCAGUCGAACAAGCCAAACUCAGCGUCCAAAACAUCAAGCGACAACAUCUCACCGAAGUGCGAUCCAUGCAGAACCCCCCAGCCGGCGUCAAGCUCGCCAUGGAGGCGGUAUGCACUCUCCUCGGCCACAAGACCGUCGACUGGAAGAGCAUCGUCAGCAUCGUCCGUCGCGAAGACUUCAUCGCCAGUAUCCUCAACUACGACAACGAGCGCCAGAUGACUCCGCAGCAUCGCAAGAAGAUGCAGCACGAAUACCUUUCUAAUGAAGACUUUACCUUUGAAAGGGUUAAUCGUGCCAGCAAAGCGUGUGGACCUCUGGUGCAGUGGGUAGAGGCACAAGUCAACUUCUCCGAGAUCCUCGACAGAGUUGGCCCUCUGCAGGAAGAAGUCACCCAUCUGGAGAAUGAAGCUUUGGACACUCGAGCCAAUGCAAAGAUGAUUGAGAAUACACUCAAGGAGCUCGAUCAACGAAUUGCGACGUACAAAUCCGAAUACGCCUCGUUGAUCAGUCAAACGGAAGCAAUCAAGACCGAGAUGUCUCGGGUUCAGUCCAAGGUCGAUCGCAGCAUGCGUCUCCUCCACAGUCUGUCUUCCGAGCGCGGUAGAUGGGAAGAGGGUAGUCGCACGUUCCAGAUCCAAAUGGAGACCAUUGUCGGCGACGUCUUUCUCGCCUCUGCCUUCUUGGCCUACGGUGGUCUCUACGAUCAGCAAUAUCGUCGCGCAAUGUUGGAAGACUGGUCGCUGCAUCUCUCGGCUUCUGGAAUCGUCUUCAAGUCUCAAAACUCCCUGACGGAAUACCUAUCGACCGCAGAUGAACGCCAGCAGUGGCAUGAGAAUACCUUGCCAGUCGAUGAGCUCUGCACGGAAAAUGCCAUCAUGCUGAAGAGAUACAACCGUUACCCUCUCAUCAUUGAUCCAUCCGGACGAGUUACAGACUUCCUCCAGAACGAGAGCAAGGACCGCCGCCUCACCGUGACAAGCUUCCUCGACAAUUCCUUUGUGAAGCAGCUCGAGAGUGCCCUACGCUUCGGAAAUCCGAUCCUGAUUCAAGACGCCGAGCACAUGGAUCCCAUCUUGAACCAUGUCCUCAACAAAGAGUACCAGAGGACCGGAGGUCGUGUGCUCAUCCAGCUGGGUCGUCAAGAGAUUGAUUUUUCCCCGGCGUUCAAGCUCUAUCUUUCGACGAGAGAUCCGUCUGCCAGAUUCGCCCCAGACAUCUGCAGUCGCGCCACCUUUGUCAACUUUACCGUCACGCAGAGCAGUUUGAAGACUCAGACGCUGAAUGAAGUGCUCAAGUCCGAGCGGCCAGAUGUUGAUGAGCGCCGGUCCAAUCUCCUCAAGCUGCAAGGCGAAUUCACGCAACGCCUCCGCCGCUUGGAACGUCGACUCCUGCAAGCCCUCAACGAGUCUCACGGCAACAUUCUGGACGACGAAAAGGUCAUCCAGACGCUCGAGACGCUGAAAGAAGAGGCAGCAGAAAUCACAUCCAAAGCCGCCGAAACCGAAGGAGUCAUGACCGACGUGACCAACAUCAUGGCCACCUACGACAAGAUUGCGCAGUCAUGCUCUGCCAUCUUCGCCGUCCUCGAGCAAUUGUACCACGUCAACCACUUCUACCAAUUCUCUCUGCAAUACUUUGUGGACAUCUUCGAGGCGGUGUUGCGAACUGCCAAAGCGUCUCCGGAGCGGGAUGGCAAGCGUCGUGUGGAUGCCAUCGUUCAGGACCUAUUCCGCAAGGCAUUCAAGGAGACAUCGGCGUCCCUGUUGCAAAAGGACCAUCUUACUCUCGCCGUCCUCCUCGCACAAGCUGCACCAUUCCCAAUGGACAAGAGUUUGAUCGAUGUCUUGCUGGAUGAGAGUGUUACUGGCGCCGACACAAGCUCCUCACCCGAAUUGAGGUCACAAGCAAUGUCUCUCGCUUCUCGAAUUACUCCGUUGAAGGAGGUGGUCCAAAGCACAUCCGAAAACGCUUGGACAUCCUUCAUUGAAAGCGCAGAAGCAGAGACCAAAGUGCCCAGCACGGCAUCGCCUGUCAACGACAACGACACCGCCCUCAAGGAGUUGUUACUGGUCAAGCUCUUCCGCGUCGACCGUCUGAUCCCCGCCACAAGCCGUUUUAUCCGAUGCAUCUUCGGACAAGCCUUCCUCGACGUCUCCCCGGAUCUUGGCGCGAUUUCCAACCAGACCAUGGCAAGCUCCCCCAUCGCUCUAUGCUCCACGCCCGGCUUCGACGCAAGCUUCAAAGUGGACCAGCUCGUGGAUCGAACCUCUGCCAUCUGCAGCAGCGUCGCCAUGGGCUCCAACGAAAGCAUGGCCAGUGCCGAUGCAGCCCUUGCCAACGCCGCGAUGAACGGAACGUGGGUACUCGUCAAGAACGUCCAUCUCGCUCCCGACUGGCUUCAAAACCUGGUCAAGCGCAUCGACUCUCUCAAACCCAACAAGGACUUCCGCCUGUUCCUCUCAAUGGAGACGAGUCUCAGAAUUCCUUCCAGUCUCCUUCGCGCUUCCCGAGUCUUGAUGUACGAGCAGCCGGCGGGAAUUCGCGCAAACAUGCGGGAUUCAUUAUCAUCGGUGCCGGAUCAACUCCUGCAGCAGCCGGUGGAGAAGGCGAGAAUGCACCUCCUACUCUCCUACCUGCACGCCGUCGUGCAAGAGCGUUUGCGCUAUGCACCUCGCUUGGGUUGGAAGGGGUUCUGGGAAUUCAACGAUGCCGACUACGAGUGUUGCGCUUUCAUCAUCCAAUGGUGGACGCAGCAGGUCGCGCGUGGACGAUCGAAUGUAGCGCCGCGGAGCAUCGCGUGGGAUCUGAUCCGCGUGCUCAUCACGGAGAUGUACGGAGGGAAAAUCGACGAUGCGGAGGAUUUUGAGGCUCUACGAACUCUAGUGGGCAAGACCAUUACGGUGGAUGCCUUUGAGGAAGGGUUCAAUGUGAUUGGAGAAGUGGCGGGAGAUGCAAGUGUGGGCAUGGCAUUGCCGAGUGGGACGACCAAGAAGGACUUUCUACAAUGGGUGCAGGAGUUGCCCGAGCGCGAACCACCGACUUACCUGGGCCUGCCGUCCAAUGCGGAGAAGUUGUUGCUGGUGGCGCAGGCAGAGGAGAUGCUGAAGAAUCUGAAGACGGUGAUGGGGGGAUUGGAUGAGGGAGAGCAUGUGAUGGCGGAGGCGGGGGAGUGAUCUGAGAAGAAAGAAACGGCGAUUGCAUUGCAUUGCGGCGGAGUUGAUGGAUACCCCUUUGCGUGUUGAUCAGGCGGGCGGGUAUUUGCUAGUUUCGUGUUGAUUAUGAUGUGUCUUUGUUCCACUCACGUGCCCUUGAUCAUGCUGCACUUCACAUCUAAAAUGGGAUCGGACAAGACCGAGGCGUAGGAGUAUAAGAGGACGUAUCGACUCAUCUCUUCACA